CAGGACUACACGUGUCUCGCGGCCGGCUUUGACGCGGCCUACAAGGUGUACAACUGCGACCCGUUCGGCGAGUGUUUCCAGAAGGCCGACGAUGGCGGCGCAAACUUGGUAGAGAUGCUGUUUUCGACGUCUCUGAUCGCCGUUGUUGGAAUCGGCGACAAGCCCGCCAACACGAUGCGCAAGCUGAAAAUCAUCAACACGAAGCGCAAAGCGGUGAUCUGCGAGCUCACAUUUCCGACGGCGAUUUUGUAUGUCAAGAUGAACCGCAAGCGGCUGGUCGUGGUGCUCGUGGACCAGAUCUUUGUGUACGACGUGUCAUGUAUGAAGCUGUUGCACAGCAUUGAGGCCAGCGCUGGCUUGGAUGACCGGAUUAUUUGCGACCUUUGUGCGGACGACGAAAGCGUGCUUGUGUUCCAGCAGUCGGGGAGUUCCGACGAGCUGGCCGCCAAUGCCGGCACAGUGGUGGUGUUUGACGCGCUGCAGAUUCAGCCAAUUAAUGUGAUUGAGUGCCACAGGUCGCCGCUGCAGCGGAUCGCCGUUUCGAAGGACGGUCGGCUGUUGGCGACGGCGAGCGUCAAGGGCACCAUUGUGCGCGUGUUUCGGGUGGCCGACGGCAGGAAGGUGCACGAGUUCCGGCGCGGGAGCUACACGGCGCAGAUUUCGUGUCUGAGCUUCAACGUGGACGCGACGGUGCUGUGCUGCUCGUCCAACACCGGCACCGUCCAUUUCUUCCGACUUGACGACGUCGACCGACGCCGGUCGACGGGGUCGAUCGACGCAAACAUUGACGGCUCCGAAACACUGCCGCGCGAAAGCAGCAUCACCGAGGAGGAGUCGAGCGAGAUCAACCGGCUGAUCAACAGCCAGCUCGGCGGCCACAAUGGGUUUGCCAAGAAGAAGAGCGCCGAGUCGCUCAAGAACUUUAUCUGGUCGAAGUCCAAAACGUACCUGCCGUCACAGAUCAACUCCAUUUUGGAGCCCAAAAGAGACUACGCCUUCAUCAAGCUGACCACCGAGGUGGAGAGCGUGGUGGGGCUUGUCGACAACAAUUGCUACGUGGCGACGCGAGCGGGCGAUUUUUUCGUCUACUCGGUGCAGCCCGGCCAGUGCGUGCUCCUCAAGCACUAUAAAAUAGAAUAAGACAUUUUUGAAACAUCACCAUUUUUUCUCAUGGCCACUGCUCAGAACAGGUCCAUCCGGCCCACGCCGUACAUGUGUCUCAAGUCGCGCUGGGUGCUUGCUGUUUGGAACGAGUGGACGCUUUUUGGGGGGCUGGUGGUGGCCAUCGUGCUGCUAGACUGCUGCUCCGCGUCGUCAAGUUCCAAGUCGUCCAGCUCGUCGCUGAACACGUCUCUUUCGAUUGCCUCCAACACAGACUCCCACAACGUCCAGUCGGUGUUUCUGGACGACUUAAAGACCGUGGUGGCCUGCGAUCUGACGGCUGAAGCUGCGUACCUCAACUCCACUUUAAACGACACAAUCACGACAGCAUACACGGCGAUCGCCUCCAUCGACCUGCGCCCAAUUUUGCAGCAGCUCGCCGACUCCAUCAACCACACCGUCACAUCGUCGCUUGCAUCCCAAAAUAGUGCGCUUCAGUCGCUCAAGUCGACUCUGAAUUCCCAGGCCGUGUAUGUUGGUUCCGCAGUGAAUUUGGACAAAAUGGAUAUAAAUUAUACCUGGAUCGGCAGCUAUCUGGCAAGCGAAAUACAGAACCGUACGGUAACCAAUGCGUACGAGAAAUACUUUGAGAAGCUCCCCGAUUACUUUGCUUUCUUCGACGCUCUCACAACAGAGACGCUCCAGAACGUUUCUGCUGCAUUUGACCUGGUGGAUUUGUACGGCCCCGAAAUUUAUCACUAUUCCGUCUCGAACGGGUCCGCACUGCACCUGGCAUACAUGAGCUCUACGGCUUCUAGAAGAUCCAAGGCCGUGUAUGUUCUUGUUGCAUUGAUGGUUUUUUUCGUGGUAGCACAGAUGCUGCUUGACUGGCUGCGCUUCGCACAUGAACAGAAACAGGCAACGUGUUUUCCGCUCGAAGCCUCCGAAAAGACAGACUUCUUGGAGUACACGUUCCGAACGGUCGAUUUCGAAGCCUUUCAGCUCGCAGAGGUGCUUGCUGCGUUUUUGGGGGACAGCACCAGACUGAAUUUUCUUGCAUCCUUCUGGCUCGGGGUGCGGUCCAAUGCAAAGAAUCUGGGAAAGUAUAUUGUUUUUUCGCUGAUUCUAUAUUCUUCUUGGCCGCAGAACACCUCGUCUUCAGUGGACGUGUCUCUGAGCGGAAACACGCGUCUGCACAAUACGUCGCACACGCUGAAGACGGAUUUUGGGCUUGGCUCAGAAUCGCUUCUUGCCGAUAUCCGAGAGAUUUACGACGAUUUCCGGGUCCAAGUGCGACAGUUUCUUGUCGACGAAAGCCUGGAGCCGUUUGUGUCGUAUGACGGGGCAAACUCCUCGUUUUUGGCCGACCUUAGCUGGCCCGACGAAAUGGCAACACAGCUGACCGUCGCCGUAAACAGCACGGUUUCGCAUGCCAAACUCCACCUUGUCCAAUCAGCAGCCGGCACAGAUGCUCGCCCUCUGCUGUACUACGCCUUUGCCCUCUGCGUGGGGGCCACGUUCACAAUGGUGGCCAUCAGCGUGGAAAUUGACCGCGUGUUCAAGAAGAUUGGCGAGGGGCUGGAGAUAUUCAACACUCUGUACGAGCGCCAUGAGAAUGCCUCGAACGGCUCGCAGAAGGAGAAACUGGAGAACGACCUCAAGAAGGAGAUUAAGAAGCUGCAGCGGUUUCGAGAACAGGUGAAGAAUUGGCAGGCCACCAAUGAGGUCAAGGACAAGGAGCGGCUCAACGAGUACCGUCGGCUGGUCGAACAGGCGAUGGAGAAGUACAAGGUGGUAGAGAAAGGGUCGAAGACGAAAGCGUUUUCUGACGAGUCGCUGGCCAGUUUUGACGACCCGCAGGAGGACAACGAGGCGAUCGAGUUUGUGCGGGAGACGCUGGACGAGAUCCAGCGUCAGGAAGAGGCGCUGGAGAGCGAGCUGGACAAGCUGGGCGCCAAGAAAGGCAAGAAGACCAGUGCCGUUGACGAGCGCAAGUCCGAGAUUGAAGACCUGCUCGAGAUCCACCAGUUCCACAGACAAAAGCUCGAGGUGGUAUUGCGACUGCUCGAGAGCCACGUGCUGCGGCCCGAGGACAUAAUGAACAUCCAAGAGGACAUCAAGUAUUAUCUGGAAGAGAACCAGGAUCCGGACUUUGUGAAUGACGACACCAUCUACGACGACUUGAACCUGGAAGUUGAUGAGAAUACGCUUCACGACGGCAGCUCUACGCAGAACGGCACGCACAAGGAGGAGGAUUCCGUUCUUGCGGCCACGGCGCCGAUCUCCGUGUCUGUGCCAGACACCACGCCCCAGAAGAAGAAGGAGAGCACGCCGACACCGUCCACUGUUCAGGCCUCGCCGGUGGCGACCGCCAAGCCACCGGCCCCUGCGAAGCCUGUUCAAACGCCGCCGGUGAGCGUGCCCAAGAUGGCCACGCCGACGACGUCGCUGGCCAAUCUGGCCGGCACUUUAUCGUCUGUGAACACGCUGAGCACGCUCAAGCCUGCUCCCGUGCCCGCCAAGCCCGUGGGAGAGCUCAAAUGGGCAGCUGCGGUGAGCCAGACCGCGAACGGGCGGCCUAAACCGGAGGAAAAGCCUGCCACGCCGGCCACGCCGCUCUCGACGCUGAACACCAACGCGCUGAACGCCGCCAGUGUGCUGGAGGCGCUGAAAAAACAACGACCUCAGGAUGGAGCGUCGCACAGCAACUCUGAGUCCCGGACGGCAUCCAGCACGGCGGGCGUGGGGUCUGCCGGGUGCGGCGACGUUGCCAACGACCCAAACUUCCGGUUUCUGCCUCCAGGCAUCCAGAGCACGAUCCUGUCGUUUGUGAUGGCCAGAAAUCGGCCAGAGUCCGAAAAGACGCCGACGCUGUCGAGCGUCGGCGCCAUGCUUGCCGUUCCCCGUCGCUUCUCGCCCCUCAGCGAGGGAACGUAUCCGCCGGGAUUGGAGGCACAGCGGGUUUCGGCGAUCUGGAACAGCGUGCGCGUGAGCAACAACAUCGAGAUCGACUCGCAGAACGUUGACACCGCCACGCUGUUCUAUGCCUACUACUACGCCCUGUCGCAGAAAGAAAGAGACGUCGCCGCGUCGGUGCUGGCCUCCAGGCUCUGGAGAGUCAACAACGACAAGACGAUGUGGUACCAGCGCCAUUCGCAGGUGAAAGUGUCGGGCGACGGCUUUGAGAUCUCCGACUUUAACGUUUUCGACGCAGAAAAAUGGAGCUUCUACGAAAAGAAGAACCACAGGGUCGACUACUCCCAGUUUGGAAAAUCCUAGGUGCGUAUAUAUAAUUGAAUAUUGAGGUUGUAACUACUCGCUAAAUUCCUCUUCACUUUCUGCCGCGCUCGAAAUCUUCACCUUCUUCUUCCGCUGGAUGUUCUCCUCCUGCUCUCUGCGUCUUCUCUCCUUUUCCUUGCGACGGACAGCGUGGAUCUGCUCCAGCUUGUUGAUUUCCUUGACACUCUUCUUGAUCCGCGAAUGGUACAGCACCUUACCGUCGCAGACGCCUUCCUCGAUCUUUACCAGCUCCAGCUUCAUCCGCGGACCGAUCUCGGUCAGUUUCACCGCCUUCUUACGCUUGCCCCCUUCUUCGGCAGCACCCUUGGUUUUCACUGCAACGUCCUCCUUCACCUCCACCACGGCGUCCUCCUCCACCUCUGAAUCAGAGGUGAAUCCGGCCUGGGCGUACGGGUCGAGAAUGAUGUCGGCCACGUCGUCGACUUUCGACAGAUUUGGCAGUUUCUUGUUCGUUUUCUUGUGCACCUUGACCAGUUUUUUCACGUUCUUUGAGACAUCCACCAGUUUCGUGUCGAUAACGUAAUGACGAAGGUCGACCAGCCCCGUCUCCUUAUCCUUCUGUAACAGCAAAACUCUCUUAAUGGUGCUGACCUUGGUGUUCUGUGGAGAGAUUGCCGGGAACAUGUUUUGGAACAUGGUGACCAUCAAUUUUUCGUGCUGCUCUGCUUCUUUCGGACUAGUAAACCCGCUCAUCACAAGCAACGGAGGGUUCAGAAACUCCGGGCCAGACUUGCUCACGCUCUUGGGCAUCUUCUGAUAGCGUGCGACGUCUUUGCAAAGCGAAUAUUCGUGGAUUUUGAAG